CAGAGUGUCGAAAACGCACACACUGGUUCCCGAUUUUCGUUGCCAGAACAACCAACAACAACUAGAACCGCAUUAGAUAUGUUUUCGACGAGCUCCUUAUCGCUGACUCUGUUGCUCGCUUACGGCCUGAAGGCGAAUGCCUUCACAGCAACUGUAGGCUCUCGCCCUACCUCGAUCCUACAACCAGCAACAAAGCACUUUGGCUCCAUGGUGAAGACGACGGCCAGAAAGCAUGGCUCUGUAUCGGCUGCGGACAAAACUGCAUCCGUCAGCACCCUGCAAAUGGUCGGCAAGGAAGUAGAUCCCGAAGAAAUCUUGCCCCUCGGCCAGAACAACAUUACACCCUUUGGAUUCGGCUUUUCGAGCCCUCUAUUUCGGGUUCUGAAUGUUGCUGAUCGCAACGGUGGUUACUACAAAGCAACGGCUUCCAAUAUUGUGACUGAUGUCAUGGACGGGAUUACUAACGGAAAGGCAGAUGUUGCGCUCGUGUUCGAAGACGGAGAAAACGGCGAACUGCUUGGGAUUUUUACCGAAACGGAUUACAUCGAGGUAAGCAUUGUUGGAUCUGAACCUCGUGCUGAAWUAAAGAGAAGAAAAAUGAUACGGUAGUUCCGAAGGAUCGAAAAUUCUCUGACUCGAGUUUUUGUUGUUUUAUGUUAUUUUAUUGUAUGUUAUUGUAUUGUUAUCGUAUGUUAUCAUAUGUUAUGUUAUGCUUUGCCUUGUUUAGUUCUCCAUGGAGCGAGUCAAGGCAUCGAAAAACGAGGAAGAGGCUGCGAAAUACCUGGUUUCGUCGGUCAAAGACUACAUCACACCCAUUGAUCAAGUCAUUGCUCUAAGCAAGGAUGAUGCCGCCAAUGUGGCCAUCGCCUCCAUGAAGCAAGCGAACGUUAGGCACUUGGUCGUUGCGGACCAGGUCGACAACUACAGACUUACGGAGAAGAGCGAGAUCAUCGGCGUGGUUAAUAUGCAAGAUGUCAUGUCUGUCGUUCAAAAAGAUGAACGCCUUAGCCUUCAGAGCAUCGCCAAAAAAUAUCCGUAUCUUUCGAGUCCAUUGGAACAAAUGAAAGAAGAACUGAAGUCGUCGGCAAAUGCGGCGGCGAGAGACGACCCUGAAAAGGUCAAGACCGACAUCAUUCGAGCAGGUACCGCCGCACUUUCUUUUUCAUUUCUGGCGUUGUUUUUUUCGCGAUCGGAGUGGCUCCAUGACCAUGCGGACCUUGCGAUGAUUGCGAUUUUUGUAAUCGGAUACAUUGGGAUAAUUUUCGAGGAAGUCUUUGAGUUCAACAAAGCCGCCGUCGCGCUUCUCAUGAGCACCGGCUUAUGGGUCACGUACGCCGAUUAUUUCGAGAGUACGGGCGUUGCAUCUGACACCGUUAUCACGCAGCUAGGCGAACAACUSUCGGAGGUUUCCGACAUCUGCUUUUUCCUUCUCGCGGCUUCGACAAUCGUUGAAGUCGUUGAUGCCCACCAGGGUUUCAAGGUCGUGACAAACAACAUUAAGACGACAUCGAAAAAGAGUCUUUUUUGGACGAUUGGCUUCCUUACGUUCUUCUUGUCUGCCAUACUUAAUAACUUGACGGUAACAAUUGUCAUGUGUUCGCUGCUAAAGAAACUUGUUCCCAAUGUUGACGACAGAAAACUUUUCGGAGGUAUGGUAGUCGUCGCUGCCAACGCAGGAGGUGUCUGGACGCCGAUUGGAGAUGUAACUACAACCAUGCUUUGGAUCAACAACCAGUUAUCGACAGUCCCAACCGUUACAGAGCUAUUUUUGCCCUCUGUUGUUUGUCUGGUAGUCUCUCUUGCGUUCCUUGUGAACCAAGUGGAGGAAGACGACUCGCUUGAAAACUCGGAUCUUGCGGAGCCAUCUGAACUUGCUCCGCGCGGACUAUUGGUGUUUUGGAGUGGAAUCGCCAGUCUUCUUUGCGUUCCAAUAUUUGCAGAAUUUACUGGCCUUCCUCCUUACUUGGCGAUGUUGACCGGACUCGGUGCCAUCUGGACAUUGACCGAUGUGAUUCAUAUGGGCGAAGAAGGAGACGAGGACCUUAAGGUUCCCCAAGCRCUGGCAAAACUCGACACCGCGGGUAUUUURUUUUUCCUCGGAAUUUUGAUGAGCAUUGGGGUUUUGGACAAGAGUGGUUUGUUGAAGGAGCUAGCUGUGUUCCUGAGCGACAACUUGCCCAGCUUGGAUAUCAUUGCYACCGUGAUUGGUAUUGCGUCAGCCUUGGUGGACAACGUACCUUUGGUUGCUGCAACGAUGGGAAUGUACGACCUCGUUGAUUACGGUACAGACGACAAACUCUGGCAACUGAUUGCACUUUGUGCCGGAACUGGAGGUUCGAUUUUGGUCAUCGGUUCCGCCAGUGGUGUUGCGCUCAUGGGAUUGGAGAAAGUUGACUUUCUGUGGUAUGCGAAGAAAGUUAGUGYGGGAGCUGCCAUUGGUUACUUCGCCGGRAUCGCCGCCUAUCUGGCGCAAAACGCAAUCCUUUCUGGAUCUAUGCCUAAUCUUCUUUCCGAGGCCCCUCUUGCGGUAGACGUUGUCCAAACCGCGAUGACGUCCAUGUAAUAUAGCGAAGACAGAGGGAGCAAGUUUUCUCAUCUAUCGAUUACUUUAAUCUGCACUUUUUUGUUACGCACAUUUUUCAACUGAAUCGAAUAGCCAGAGAUAUACACAUGUCCCCAUGGUCCAAUURAAGAAUAAGAUUAUUUUUGUCAA